CGUCGAAUUACAUUAGCCGACUGAAAAUCCUCCUCAUGACAGUCGGCACCUCAGACUCCAACAAGACAUUUCCAUUCAUUCCGUUGCCAUGGCUGACAGAAGAGUUGUGGUCUUCCCCUCCUCAGCGGAGCUCGGUCCGGCGCUGGCCCAUCUGGUGACGUCCCGGGCCGAGAAGGCCAUCGCCUCUCGGGGCCGGUUCACCCUGGGCCUCUCCGGAGGAAGCCUGGUGUCCAUGCUCGGCAAAGAGCUGCUCGCCGUGCCGGAGCUGGACUGCAGCAGGUGGCUGGCCGGCUUCUGUGACGAGCGGCUGCUUCCUUUCGAUGAUCCCGAGAGCACCUACGGGCUGUACAAGAGUAAAUUGUUUUCCAAGGUGAACCUCCCUGACAGCGGGAUCCUAACCAUCGACCCCUCUCUGCCUGUCAGUCAGUGCGCUGAGGAUUACACCCGCAAGCUGAAGGAGGCGUUCCCAGAAGACGACUUCCCUGUGUUUGACCUGCUGCUGCUGGGCAUGGGGCCGGACGGACACACCUGUUCUCUCUUCCCGGACCACCCUCUCUUGGAGGAAACCAAGAAGAUCGUGGCCCCCAUCAGCGACUCUCCCAAACCACCACCGCAGCGCGUAACUAUGACCUUUCCCGUGGUGAACGCUGCCCGCUGUGUGGCUUUUGUGUCAACGGGGGGAAGCAAAGCACCAAUUUUGAAGGAAGUGCUGGAGGGUAGAGAGGGUCCGGCGUUCCCAGCAGCCCGCGUGGUCCCAACCAACGGCGAGCUGUUCUGGCUUGUGGAUGAACCUGCAGCUGCCUCCCUGACCAUCCAGGUGGAGAGGCUGGGCUCAGGGGCCAAACUGUAGAGACUUUACCACCCUGAUGCAAAGAUCUGAUGUGCUUUUAAUCACAUCAGAUAUAAGUAGGGAGAGUAAUUCUAAAUGUCUUUUGACAUAUUAGGCGUUGCGGGCAUUUUCGUCACUGUGAAUUUGAAGAAACUGGAUAUUCAUUUUUGGGGGCGGACUUUUUGGCUCAGGGGUUAGAGCGGUCGUCCGCCAAACAAGAAGGUCACUGGCUUGAUCCCAGUCUCCCCCAUUCUGCAGGCUGAAUUGCAGAGGUUGUCCCUUGUCCUCAUAGAGAAAGUGCACAUAGAUGCAGUGUGUGAAUGUGGGUGAAUGGCACAAACAUACGGUACAUAUAUGAUAUAUAAAUGUGUGCAUAUGCAUUUUUAUAACAUUUAUUUUCGCAAAAAACAGACCAAUAACCUGUCAAAGGGAUUUUAUUUGGAAACUGUAAAGAAACAGUUUGUUCUUCUCAUCAGCUCAGAGUUGCAUUCACACCACUUAAAACAAAUCUUUAAAAAAAUCUAAUUUAAAACGUUGGUGCAUCAUAAAACCAUCUGCAACUUGUAUUUUCAUUCGCAGUCAAAACCCAAAUAAUAAAGUGUUAAACGUU